GAGGAUUAUUCAAUCACGUCUUCUCAACUUUUUUUUUUCUUUCCCCAGUUGACAUUAUCUCUCUUCAUCUCUUUAUUCUCUCUUUACUGGUACCAUUCAUCUGCAAUUCUCUCUAAAAGCAACAAGGAAUGAAGAUCUUCGGGGUUUGUGUUUGCAGAAGUUUAUUUUGAAGCUGGAUUUGGAUGAUGGCAAAGCCAAGCAGAAGGCCUUGAAGACAGUCUCUACUCUUUCAGGGAUCGAUGCUAUCUCCAUGGACCUGAAGGAAAAGACAUUGACAGUGAUAGGAACUGUUGAUCCUGUGAACGUAGUGAGCAAAUUGCGAAAAUAUUGGCCAACGGAUAUUAUCUUUGUUGGGCCGGCAAAAGAACCGGAGAAGAAAGAGGAGGCGAAGAAGGAGGAGCCUAAGAAAGAGGAGGAAGCAAAGAAGGAAGAACCCAAGAAGGAGGAGCCACCAAAGGAGGAUGGCAAGAAAGAAGAACCCAAGAAAGAGGAAGAGAAGAAAGAAGAGCCAAAGAAAGAGGCUGCACCAGCUCCACCACCACCAGACCCAGUUUUAGAGCUAGUCAAGCUUUACAGAGCAUAUAAUCCCCACAUGACCACAUAUUAUCAUGUUCAAAGCAUGGAAGAAAAUCCAAAUGCUUGUGUUAUAUUUUAAAUGUUUUAGGCUUUCAAAAGCCAUGAAUUGAAAGACAACUUUCUGAAUUGGUGAUGCAUUUGAAUAUCAUCAAUUUAUAUGAGGCAGAGCAACACCAGCCAAGAACAAACUUGUGUAUAUAGAAGUCAAAUGCCUCAUUUUUUUAUUUCAAGCAUGAGAUCAAUGUAGAGAGAAUAAAUAAAAUUUUGUGUAA